AUGGCGCAUCCUCAACCGCCCGGCGCCGAUGCCGCCACAAGCACCACAACCGCCGCCGCCGCCGGCUCAGCACCAUCACCAGCACCAGCACCAGCACCUUCGCCGCCGAAACCCCGUAACCCGGCCCUCAGAAUGCUCGGCCUCCCCGCUCUUCCCCGCAAGCUCCCGUCGCGCAACUGGCUCAUCUUCUGGGCCGUCACCGGAGCCUUCACCAGCGCCGUCGUCUACGACAAGCGCGAGAAGAAGCGCGCCACCGCCAAGUGGCGGCGUGCCGUGGAACCCCUCUCCCGGGAGCUCGUCCGCCCGGCCAACGCCUUGCCCCGGAAGCUGACCGUGUACCUCGAGGCGCCCCCAGGGGACGGGCUGCGCGUCGCCCAGGACCACUUCAUCGAGUACGUCAAGCCCGUCCUGGCGGCCUCGGGCCUCGACUGGGAGUUUGUCCAAGGCCGGCAGCAGGGCGACGUGAGGGCGGCGGUGGCGGAAAACAUCCGCCGGUCGCGAAUGCCCGGCGAGCGGCCCCAGGAGAAGCUGGCCCCGACCAACGACGCCGUCGUCCAAGACGUGAGAAGGAAGAUGGGCGUCAAUGACUACGAGGGCAUCAGAGGCGACGUCGUCGUCGGCCGCCACACCUGGAAGGAGUACGUGCGCGGCAUCCACGAAGGCUGGCUGGGUCCCCUGGGGCCGUCGCAGCCGUCGGAACCGACGCCCGAGCCGGCUGCCGAUGCGGCGCCCGGCCCGGACGACAAGGACGCCAAGGAGGAGUCGCCGGAGAAGCAGCCGGAGAAGCAGCCGGAGAAGCAGCAGGACAAACAGCCCCCCCGGCCUGCUCAGCCCCGGCCGCACAACACGACCGACGACUACGAGGCCGCCGCGCUUCCGCCCGGCAUCCCCGCCGAGUUCGCCCCCUCGGCCGUCAUCCCGCUGCCCCAUCGUCUCGGCUUCUCGCAGACCCUAGUCCGCCUCGGGCGCUUCCUCAACCGCCGCCACCUCGCAGACGACAUUGGCCGUCAAGUCGCCGCCGUCUGUUUCGCCGCCGCCCGCGACUGGCGCGAGGCCGACGGCCAGUACGAGCAGCAGCGCGUCCUGGAACACGAGGAGCGAGACUGGCCGUCGAGCACGUGGAAGACGGAGGAGCCCAAGACGGACCCGCACCCGGACCAGGACCAGGACCAGGACCAGGAGGCGGCCGCUGCCGAGCCUCCCAAGGAACGAAUAUGGGCGUCUGCCAUGGUCCUUGACCCCCGGAUCGCCGCGCGCAUGCGCCGUUUCGAGAUGCUGCCCCAAGAUGAGGCGCGCGCCGCCCAGGUUGCCGUCCCGGAGGAAGAGGUCGAGGGCUGGAUCAAGGGCAGCCUGAGGAGCCUGUGGCGAUGGGGAGCCAGCUCGUUUGAGCGCAAGCCCCGGGGUCCCAACGUCGGCCGCCUGGACGGUGACUAG